AGGAGUGAAUCGCUUCCUUUCUAACUCGGUUGUAGUGGGAGGGAGCGUCAUUCGUCUCGGACUAGGCCUCGUCGGUUCAUCGUCGCUAUCAUGUCGAAGUCUGAGUCCCCGAAAGAGCCUGAACAACUUCGCAAACUGUUUAUUGGUGGCCUAAGUUUUGAGACAACAGAUGAAAGCCUUCGCAAUCACUUUGAACAAUGGGGCACACUUACAGACUGUGUGGUGAUGAGAGACCCCAACACAAAGCGUUCCAGGGGUUUUGGAUUUGUCACUUACUCCACUGUAGAAGAAGUUGACGCUGCCAUGAAUGCCAGGCCACACAAAGUAGAUGGUAGAGUUGUUGAGCCAAAGAGGGCCGUAUCCAGAGAGGAUUCUCAAAGGCCUGGAGCUCACUUAACAGUGAAAAAAAUCUUUGUGGGAGGAAUUAAAGAAGAUACAGAAGAACACCAUUUGAGGGACUACUUUGAACAGUAUGGAAAAAUUGAAGUGAUUGAGAUAAUGACAGACCGUGGCAGUGGCAAAAAGAGGGGAUUUGCUUUCGUUACUUUUGAUGACCAUGACUCUGUGGACAAGAUAGUCAUUCAGAAAUACCACACUGUGAAUGGGCACAACUGUGAAGUCAGGAAAGCCUUGUCAAAGCAGGAAAUGGCCAGUGCAACAUCCAGCCAAAGAGGUCGUAGUAGUUCUGGCAGUUUUGGUGGUGGCCGAGGAGGUGGAUUCGGCAGCGGUGAUAACUUCAACCGUAGCAGCAACUUCAGUAGCCGUGGUGGUUUUGGUGGUCGCAGUGGAGGAGGUGGCUAUGGAAGUAGUGGAGACGGCUAUAAUGGCUUUGGCAGUGAUGAAGUUUCCAGUGGAUCCAAGAACAUGUCUGACCUUCCUACAGGUUAUGGAGGCAGUGGCCCUGGCUACUCUGGAGGAAGCAGGGGUUAUGGCAGUAGUGGUAGCUAUGAUGGCUAUAACAAUGGAGGCGGAGGAGGUUUUGGCAGUGGCAGUGGUGGAAGCAACUUUGGGGGAGGCGGAAACUACAACGAUUUUGGCAGCUACAACAGCCAGUCUUCAAACUUUGGACCGAUGAAAGGUGGAAACUUUGGAGGCAGGAGCUCAGGCCCAUACGGUGGAAGUGGUGGUGGCUGUGGUGGCUCUGGCAGUGGAAGUAGCUACGGUGGUGGAAGGAGAUUUUAAUUCCUCGGAAACAAAGCUUAGCAGGAGAGGAGAGCCAGAGAAGUGACAGGGAAGCUACAGGUUACCACAGUUGUGAACUCAGCCAAACACAGUUGUGGCAGGGUAGAGCUGCCUCAUGAAGACAUGUGUUAGACAAACGCUUGUUGGCAAACAUCAGGACUGUAUUUGUGACUAACUGUAUAACAGGAUAUUUUAGUUUUUUGUGUUCUGUGGAAAGUACAAAGCAUUCCAACGAGGGCUUUUAUGUAGAUUAAUUUUUUUCCACACCCAUGCUGUUCGAUUGCUAACUGUAAUAGACUGAUCAUGACGCUGAAUAAAUGUGUCUCUUUUUUUAAACCUGCUGUGUAAAGUUAGUUCACUGUAAGUUAACAUGUGUGGGUUUUAGCUGUAUGGCUGGUGUGCAGGGUUAGCUUGAAAGAGCACUAAUGCCUUGGGGCUGGGAUUCUUUUGCUAUGCUGUGUUAAAAGACUAUGGCAGGGCUGUCCACACUUGCAAACUGGCACAGCAGCCAGUAUGACUUUCUGGCCUGGAUUCUACCAUUCUGUUCAACAGACGUUGGAAACUUCUCUCCAUCUUGAUUGUUCAGAAGUGCCAUUUAAAUUGGAGGAAGUUUUCAAACAUUGGUGAGCAGAUUAGUAGGAGACAGGUUACUACCAAAUUCUUUUGAGCUUAAAUGGGGCUUAAGGAGCUUCUUAGCUGGUGUGUAGCUACUGAAUUCAGAUGUGAUUCUUGCUAGUGUAGACAGCCCCAGACGGUCAAAUCCAGUUGUUCCUGAGUUAUUGCAACUCCUGUACCAAUAUCAUUGGCUUGCCUAAGAAAUUUCUUAAAGCUUUAUAGAGGGUCAGUCUGCUUCAGGUUGUGGGAUUUCCACUAUUGCAGGAGCUACUGCCAGAUUUGGAAGGGUUAUUCUCAGUCUUCCUUCUAGAAUUGUAAUAAGGAAGCAGAAAAAUUCCUGGCAAAACCAACUUUCAUGCUUUCCUAGUUGCAUGUUUUGGGGGUGGUCAUAAAGUACCUGUCACUUACUAAAGUGGUUACGAAGGAAACUGCUGAGCAGCCAGACUAUGGUGUGGGGUGGGGAACACUGUAAACUGAGUCAGGUUCUGCAUUGAAUGCAGCAGGGCUAGAUUGAUACCAUUGGGUAAAAGAUUUAAAACCCAUCACAGAAUACUUAACGUGUUCCUUAUCGGUGUUAGUUUAAGCUUUUCUACCAGGAAGCAAGAUUCCAAAGCAAAUGUGAAAUUAUCAGUCCCCUCACUGGAGUAAUAAAGCAAUGAUAAAAUGGGUCUUGGGGCUUUGGCAUCACCAGUC